GAGGCCAUAACGUAUACGGUUCCAUACGACUCAUAACGUUCGCGCAGCUCGGAAAACAAGGUGCGAUUUCGCGGAUUGGCGGUGUAUUCGUCGCUUUAUGCGUCGCUUUUAACCAUUUUUUUUUUCGAGUGUGUGAGUGUCUUUGGCGUGCUGUUUGCCACUCUAGUGUUGUUGUUUUAGACGCCCGCCUUUACAAAAAAAAAAAAAAAUCAUAAAAAUAUACGUUAAUAUCUCAAUUAAAAACCGAAAAAAAAGAAAUAACAAAAUACAAAGUGUUAUUGGCCUCAAAAUUGGUAUUCUGAAAACCGGAAAAUAUCUUUAUUGAAAACGCAUCAAGGAAACAACAGAAAACUAAUCGGCGGCAGUCUCGACAAGAUCACAGAACGGAGCGCAUCAUGACUUUCUACUGGUGGUCACACUGGUUCUGGAUAACCCUCAUCCUAAGCGCCCACUUCCUUGCUAGCCAUGUCCAUACAUAUCCCAGCCAGGAGACGGCCGUCACCCAGCCGGUUCGCACCACAAAGCUUUACCAGACGACUGUGAGCCAGACCUGGUCCACCGCCACCCAGAGCAACAUCAUGGACCUCACCCACCGGCCACAGGUGGCCCGACAGGAGCUGGAAGAGCUUCAGGAGGAGGUCGAGGAGGAGGAGGAGCAAGAGCAGGAGCAGGAUCACGAGGAGCCAGAGCCAGAGCCAGAGCAGGAGGAUCAAGUGCAGAAGCAUGAGGUGGAGACUGGCCAGGAUGCGGAGGAGCCAGAUGCCGAGGCAGAAGCCGCCGAGGAACUGGCCCAGUUCGAGUUUAAACGCUCGGCGGACUUUACCGCCGACCAGCUAAACAAUUUCACGAAUUUUAGCAGUAGUACUAGUACAAAUGGCAGUAGCAGCAGUACCACCUCAAAGCCCGUUCCAAUCACAGAAGCCAAGGCAACAGGAUCAGGAUCUGGGACAGGAGCAUCAGGACCUGGGACAGGAACGGGAGUAGCCCCAUCUGGGGAAGGAUCGACGGGUACUGGAACAACCACGCCCACAACUGCUUCCACUUUGGCGACCGUGAAACAAACCGAAGGAUCUGCUGGCAUCCCAACCACAGCCACAACGCCUUCCGCCCCGGCCACGCCCUCCACGCCCAAGAUCCACACCGAGUGGCUGUCGGAUGAGCUGCUGGCGGGAGUGGGAGUGGGAGGGGGCGUGUCUCCGGAGGGCGAGAAGGCUCCGUUCACCCUCGAGAACGCCAACAAGGAGGACGAACUGAGGCGGGCGGAGACGGAGCAUCGGUCGCGGAAGUCGAAGGUCCUGUCGGCGGAGUACAAGCACAUCAAUCGCUACAUCAACUUCUCCAGCGACACCAAGAGUCUCCUGACGCGGUCCGCCUCCGCGGCGCCCAGCAUAUCCAGUGGCAGUGGCUUCUACGAAGGACCAGGCGAUCAGGAGAGCAACAUCUCCUCCGAGGCACUGGCCAUUCAGAGAACCUACUUCCUGGAUGCUGGUGCCAUUUCAGCGAUCUGCUUCACUGUAUUCGGUAUAUGCUGUACAGUGGGCACCAUUGGCAUCGUCCUGUACCGGAGACGGUACCUGAACAAGCCCCAGGCACUCAGCGAACCGGACUCCAGUGUCUACAUCGAUGACAGCACCAUGCGGGUGAGUGAUAACUCGGAUGAGAUGUAUAGCCUGGACAACGACUCGUUUCUCAACUCCCUGGAGGCGAUGACAAUACAGAACUACUGGACGGACACUGUCAAACAUACAAAGCUUUAAUUUCCGGCCUACCAGCUAUAAUCGAUAAUUAAUCGAUACAUUAUCCAUUUCCGUAGUAUCUAUAUUGUUUCUGUUUAUCCCCAAAAGAAUCCUUUUAUCCACAGAUCAUAAUCAUUAAGUAGUUUAGCCUUUAAGUGUGUGUACUGUGUGUGUGUAUUUACUAAUGUUAGGCGAACCAAACGAGCAACUAGUUUAAGCCCAAAAAUAAUGGAGAUGUAACUACCAAAAUUAUGUUUAAUGAACUAUACAUAUGUACAUAUAUGUGUAUGUCCUUAGGAUCCUAAGUGCGCAAUGUUUAUUAUUUUUUUUUUAAUUUGUUCUUGGCUGUUAACUAACAAGGACAUCUCUAUCUCUCUCUACUCCUGUAUCCUCCUGUAUCUGAUAGUUAAUUAUGAAGAUCUUAUUUAUAUUGUUGACAUUAACUCCCUUUCCAGCCCCAAAUACCUAAUUUAUUAAGUUUAACACACACACUUUGUGUCCAGGAAAUAAUUAAAUGCAAUCAUUCCUUCCAGUUUAGCCUGUAGAGCAACUUUACAAUGUAAAACUAAAAAAUUGUAUUAAAAAGCAAAAAGAGCGAACAUCACAAUUAAAAACAAAAGAAAGUAAAACACCA